AUGGCUGCGCCCACGCACUCCAUUCGCGCGGCAAGCUCUGGCGUCUGGUCCAUUUCGGGAACGACAAACAGCGCCACUUUGGUCAUGAGGACUACUUGGCUUCAGAGUUUGGUAACCCCUUACGAUGACAUGUGCCCACGGGAAGUGAGGAACUUGAUUAGAUUCCCGCCGGUAUGUGUAGUGGAACUUGACGUGGCGAGUAAAGACGGGAUGUUCGGUGAUCUGGACAGAUACAGCUUAGCUUACCGGAGAGAGAAAAUGGCAGACAAGGAUGACGUUAAUGAGGCGACGAUCGCCGAAGAUAUCGUCGUGACGAAGUACAAGAUGGCUGGGGAUAUAGUGAACCGAGUAUUGAAAGAUAUUUGUUCGAAAUGUGUUGCCGAGGCGUCGGUUCGACAAAUAUGCGAUGAAGCCGACAAGAUGUUGUUGGAGGAAACUUCUAAAAUAUUCAAGAAGGAAAAGGAAAUGAAGAAAGGUAUUGCAUUUCCGACGUGUUUGUCUGUGAACCAUUGUAUUUGCAACUUUUCGCCACUUGUCAGUGAACCGGACUACAUCCUUGUGGACGGCGAUCUCGUGAAGAUUGACUUGGGUGCCCACAUUGAUGGUUUCAUCGCGGUUGUUGCUCACACUUUGGUCGUCGGAGCCUCUAAGGAGAAGAAGGUUACGGGUCGUAAAGCUGAUGUAGUUUGGGCCGCGCAUUUUGCAUCCGAAGCAGCCUUGCGAUUGAUGAAGUCCGGGACUGAGAAUUAUGCAGUUACGGACACAAUUCAGAAAGUGGCGGAAUCCUUCGAUUGUAAACCAGUCGAAGGCAUGCUCAGUCAUCAGCUUCAGCAAAAUCGGAUAGACGGGGAGAAGUCUAUCAUUCAGAAUCCUAGUGAAGCCCAGAGGAAAGACCAUGACAAGUGCACAUUCGAUGUUCAUGAAGUGUACGCUAUGGAUGUCGUGAUAUCUACUGGAGAAGGUCUGGGACGUGAAUUGGAGUCUCGCGUGACGGUUUACAAGAAAACUGAGGAGCUGUACAUGUUGAAAUUGAAAGCAUCGCGGGCGUUUUUCUCUGAAGUUGACAAGCGAUUUCAAACUAUGCCUUUCAACUUGCGCAUGUUCGAGGAUGAGAAGAAGGCCAAGAUGGGCGUCGUUGAGUGUUUAAAACAUAAGAUUCUCGAACCGUUCCACGUUCUGUACGACAAACAGGGAGAAUUUGUGGCUCAGUUUAAAUACACGGUGCUGUUGAUGCCUUCCGGGCCACACAGGAUUACAGGGUUGCCGUUUGAAGCUGAAUUAUAUGAGACUGAGAAGAAGAUUGAGGACGAGGAAAUCAACAAAUUGCUACAAAGAUCCGGGAAACCGAAGACCAACAAGAAGAAGAAGAAGCCGGCUGAGAAGAAGGGCGAAGGAGAUCAACCGCCGACCGAAGCGGCGGCUCCUGUCGCUGCUGCUACUGUUGCUGCGAAUAAUGAUUCCCGAGAGUCUUGAAGGGUUGAUUCAACUUUCUUUCUUUUUUUUUUCAGAAAUAAAAUUAUCUUCGACCGUUGAAGGCGAGAAGCUCGAAA